AUGUCCGUUCUGGUGCUCUCCGCACAACAUGUCGCGGAUCUUGUGGAGUCGCUCACGGCAUCAGCAUUGGUUAGUCGCCACAUGCCCGUACCUUGAGUCUACAAAUGGCCAGACUCGCGGCAGCUGUGGCUCCACACGGGUCCCGGCGGCGGUCGAGCGAUGCUGGCCGGUGCCCGGAACCGCCGAUUACAUCGUGGUCCAUUGAACCAUUGAACUGACGACGAAGCAGCACUCUCUUUUUAGGCCAACCUGAUCGGGAGAACGAUGCACGCCAUUACUAAAGCGGCCGAGACCCCCGUCGAAGGCGUACCUCCGGUGCAGAAUCCACUCCGCAUUGCUACCCAGUCGGAGUUUCACAAAACCCUGUUCGCAAUUUGACAGGCCUCGGUUUAGUACCAGCGUAGGACACUGAGCGAGAGUCGAACCCCGUUUCCUUACAGAUACAUGCCUUCGCGAUUGACGACAUCGCAAAACAUCUCCAUGACCGCGGUCAAGAUCGUUUCCGUGCCCGACAGCCAAUCCCCACGCCCAGGUCGGCCUUCCUGGGACGACGCUCUUGCUGGACGAGUCGACCGGUCAGGUCAAAGCUAUGGUCAAUUCGAGCACCCUGACAGGACUUCGAACAGCGUCAGUGAAAACAGCGCAACUUUCCAAAGUUCGAGGCGCUGAUCGAUGCGCGUUUCGCAGUGCUGCUUCCGCUCUCGCGACAUUGAUCUUGGCAGCACCAACAUCCCAGAAGCUAGUUGUUUUCGGGUCGGGGACGCAGGCGUACUAUCAUGCUCGAUUGAUCCUCGAGCUCUUUCCCUCCAUCAAUCAUGCCAGUUUCAUCGUUCGAUCCCCCUCAUCAAGGUCAUCCGAGCUGGUAGAAAAACUCGGUCGGCAAUUCCCCAUCGUCAAGAGCCAAGUGCUCGGAACCGACAAGACGAGCGAAUAUGUACAGCAAGCCGAUAUCAUUUGCUGGUGAGCGAUGUCGUUAGUCGUGGCCAGCUCUGAUCCCCCAACUCCGGCUGAUGAGAUAUCUUCGCUCAGCUGCGUGCCCUCGAAAGCGCCGAUCUUUGAGGCGAACGAUCUCAAAGCGAAUGUUCACAUCAAUGCCAGUUGCGUCUUUUGUUCUUAUUUGCAGGUAGUAAUAUCCGUUUCCUUCGAUGUCUCGCGUGGCUGACCCCCCUGCGCUUGGCUUCUUCCCCUGUUCUUCCUCUGACGGCGCAGUCGGAUCAUACAUGCCCUCGAUGCACGAGUUCCCCGCUUCGCUCAUCUCACCAUCUACAACACCGACACCCAUCCCCUACAUCCUUGUCGACUCUCGUCCCGCUUGUCUUUCCGAAGCCGGCGAACUGAUCUCGGCCGGGACAGUACCUGAGAACUGCAUCGAGCUCGGCCAGGUCGUCGAUGUCCUCGGCAACCCUUUGACGGCCGACGCGUGUGAUCUAAUCGCCAGGUUGAAGAGUGGGCAAGAUGGGAAGUCGUUGUUCAAGUGCGUUGGGGUUGGUGGGAUGGAUGUGGGGAUCACGGCGUUGAUGGUCGAGAUGGCGGAGCAACUCGGUGUCGGCGUGAAGGUGCCGUUCCAUUGA